AUGAGUAAUCAUAAGAAGAGUGUUUCAAAUGCUAGACCGGUUCUUAAGCUUUAACUUCCUGAUAGCUUGCUAAAACAUCCCAAAAUUAAUCUCAAACGCCUUUAACUUAAGGUUAUCAGGGACAAAGAAAUUGAAAAUGAGAAUUCUAAUUUGCUCAGGAAAAUUAAUCAAUAUUAUGAAAAAAAGAGUCCUAGAAAUUAUUUUAGUUAGCAUAUUUCCUCUCCAAGUAACAACGAACAUUUACCAGGAAUUUCUCAAACUCCAACAAUUUCUAACUCUAAUUAUCAAACUUAAAGCAUAGAUUACAGAGAAAGAGUGCGGAGUUUAAAUUGGACUGUAAGGAAAGAGCAGUUUAAAAAGAUAGACCAAGAAAAUAAAGACUUACUAGAGAGACUUAGGCAAAAGAGAUCUGACUAUGAUGUAUAGAAGCUAAAAUAUGAGUUUCGGUAGCAGUAAUCUUAUAGGAAAAAAUUGCUUUUGGUUAAAAACAGCAACAAACCCAGCAAUAAAUUUUCAGCCUCAGUAAAUCCCUUAUCUCACUUAUAAUCGAUUUAGAGAAAUAGUAAAAACUAGUUUUCAAUGGAAUAAAAUUCGGAAAAGAUGAAUAUUCAGGACUUCGGAGAUUCAAUAAUUAAUAAAUCUAUUGACUUGAGGUAGAACUAAGCUACAAACGACGCUGAUGAAUUUGUUAUCAUCAAUCCUGAAUUGGGCUAUAUCCAAAAUGAUAUAAAGCCUAAAAGGUUCAAUAAAACAUCUAUCACUCAUUAAAGAGCAAUGUCAUAUUAGCCCAUAGGAAAAGACAAUCUGUAUGAAAGCAUAUAAAUCAUGGACUCAAAGCAAGAUUUAAACAAGGCAGAUGAUCAAAUUGCAUAUGAUCCUAUUAUUGAAUCUAAUAUGGAAUAGCUAGAUCAAAAUUUAGCUAAUUUAAAACUAUCAUCUUAUAUGUUCAACAAUGAAGCGAAAGCUGCUAAAAGUAAGUGUUGA